UUUCUCUCUCCCGGGAACAAACUCGCUAAAACGACACGCACGCAUAGAGUAAAACGACACAGAAAAAUGAAGCUUGUUUGGACGCCGGAAACCGCCUCAGAAGCUUACAUAGAUACAGUUCAAUCAUGUGGGAAUUUCGCGGACUCAGGAGUGGCCGAGCUUCUUUCCGCCAUGGCCGCCGGGUGGAACGCCAAGCUAAUCGUUGAAACUUGGUCACAGGGAAACCCGAUCGCCACCAGUAUCGGACUGGCGGUAGCCGCCCGACACACGUGCGGAAGCCACGUGUGUAUUGUACCGGAUGAACGGUCGAGAUUGGAGUACGAAAGUGGCAUGCGUAAAGCCGGAAUAGAGGAAAUCGACGCGCGGGCUGGGGAGCCGGAGGAGUUGAUGCCGCGGCUCGCCGGUGUGGAUUUCCUGGUGGUGGAUUCGAAUAGGAGGGAAUUCACUAGCGUUUUGCGACACGCUAGCCUGAGCGGCAAGGGAGCAGUUGUUGCAUGCAAAAACGCGACCCAACGUGUCGUUUCGGGGUUCGGGUGGCAAGCGGCGCUUGGGAAAGAGAGACGUGUAGUUAGGUCUGUGUUGCUGCCAGUUGGGAAAGGAUUGGAUAUAGCGCAUGUAGGGAGUAGUGGUGCGCGUGGUGGUUCGAGCAAGAGUCCGAACCGUUGGAUUAAGCACGUGGAUCAACGGUCGGGAGAGGAGCAUGUAUUUAGAGGGCAAUAAAUCAUUGAUCCACAAAAUAUUGUACUAAAGAAACUAGUAAAUAAACAAUUUUGCAACUCUACCUU